AUGAGAUUAAGAGCAAGGAUGUCCACAAACCUCUUCUCAUUUGUCCUGUUUGUGCUGUUACUUGGCUUUGUAACUAUUUGUUUGGGAGCCUUUUGCAUCUCUACAAGCGCCUCUGGGUGUAAGUGCAACAGUUUGCCGCUUGCGUAUUUUCUUCUACCAGUAGGAUUCUUUCUCAUUGCUGGGAUCUCCUGGAGCACCUAUCAUGAAGCCAGCAAGCACAACAGCUUGUUCCACAGCAUUAUACAUGGGAUUCCUAGACUUCAAGAAAGUCACAUCACCACCAUCGACAGGCCUGAUUUCUACCCACCCGCAUACGAUGACAGCACUGCUCUUGGAAAGCAGACUUUUUCAUUGCCGGACUGCUCACUGGAGCCAAAGAGCUAUGCUUACAACAUACCUCCACCUUUGUACACAGAAAGCCAUUUCGAAUUCAUUGAAGAAACUGGUGAUCAGGAACAGCAACCACCUUCCUAUGAAGUCUCUGUGCAGCAACGACACAGGGAACGACCCAACAUUUGGAGAGGCUUCUCAUGCACCUCAACCAUAGAGCAACUGCUAAGAAGAUGGGCUGUCCAGGGACUGGAGAAGAUAAGCCAUAUCUGUUCUUCUGAGACACAGACAAUGUUUAGCCAUAGUAUGUAA